GAGUGUGAACUUCCCGCGAAUAGCCAACCUUCAAGAAUACCAAACCCCAAUCUCUCUCUCUCUGUCUCUCUCUCUAUAUCUCUCUCUCUCUCUGUCUCUCUCUGUCUCUCUCUAAAUUGCAGAUGGGAAGAGUCAGAAACAAUCCUUUUCCUUCUCUCCCAAACUUCCUCACCCCAUCUUCUUCCAUCUUCCACCUUCAAUCCUCCAAAUCACUUCCCAAGAAAAGCAUCCUUCUUCUGCCAUACCUCCCCAUAUAUGUCCCAUCCAAUAAAAAACCAAACCCCUCUCACUUUUUACCCGCCAAAUCACUUCCUCAAUUUCUAUCUGAUUUCACUUCAUUUACUUCGGUUUUCACCCAAAAAUGGCCUCGGAACAAACCCCAAUUGUAGAAUCUUCGGUGACCCUUUCGACCUACUCCAAGAGGGUAAUCUUGAAAACCCUAAUGGGUCGUGGCGAUGGCGGGUUGGGGUGGGUUGGUGAGAGAAUUGUGAUUGGAGGAUGGGUUAAGUCCUCUAAGGAGGAGAGGAAAGAGCCUGCCGUGGCAACGUUGGAUGUGAGUGGUGGUGGGAUUGGAGGGCCAACAAAUGUGGAUUGUGUGGAAGUUCUUCAAUCUCGAAUACCCCUUUUUUUUAGCUCAAUCAUGAAGGUUUUGGGGGGGAGAAAUUACCCAAUUCACAAAAAACCGGACUCAGUCACUCCUCAGCCGCCGCCACCCUCCACUGCAAUCUUGCAAAUUAGUGAUGGUUCAUGUGUUGCAAGUCUUCAGGUUAUUGUGGACUCAUCUAUAGAAUCUCCUAACGAAGUCAUUCCUACUGGGACUUGUAUAUUAGUAGAAGGAAUAUUGCAGCAGACAUUGAUGCAGGGAAAACAUGUUAUUGAGCUCAAAGCCGAGAAAAUUACGCACAUUGGGACAGUUGAGCAGGACAAGUAUCCAUUAUCGAAGAAACGUUUGCCUUUGGAGAUGUUAAGGGAUUGUUCUCACUUCAGACCUCGAACAACAACGGUGGCAUGUAUUAUGCGAAUCCGUAAUACCAUGACUCAAGCAACUCAUACCUUCUUCCAAAACCACGGUUUCCUUUAUGUGCAAGUGCCCAUUAUCACGAGCAUCGACAGUGAAGGAUUCAGCGAGAAGUUCCAAGUUACAACUCUUUUUGGUGAAGAAACGAAAUGGGAGCGAAAUGCCAUGGACGAAACUGCAGGUGUUAGCCUUGAGGUAGUCAAGGCUUCCAUUGAGGAGAAAAGGAAACAAGUUGAAGAGCUCAAGAGAAGUGAGAGCAAUAAGGAAGCACUGGUUGCUGCACUUCAGGACCUCAGUAGAACGAAUGAGCUCGCGUUACAGUUGGAAGCAAGAGAAAAAUCGAAGCCUGGAGCUUCGCUCAAGACUGAUGAGGGUGACUACUCUGAAAAUUUCUUUUCUGGUUGCACUUAUCUGACGGUUUCUGGCCGGCUUCAUCUUGAGAGCUAUGCGUGUGCUCUUGGAAAUGUAUACUCAUUUGGACCUAGAUUUCGAGCACGAAAAUCAGAAUCCAAGAAGAUUGUGGCAGAGAUGUGGAUGGUUGAACUCGAAAUGGCUUUCUCACAAUUAGAGGAUGCUAUGAACUGUGCAGAUGACCUUUUGAAGUUUCUGUGCAAAUCAGUUUUAGAAGAUUGUUCGGAAGAUCUGCUAUUCGCCUCAAAACGAAUUGACAAAACCGUUGUGGAUCGCCUUCAAUCAAUGACAUCAAGUUCAUUCGAAAAAGUCUCCUAUGCAGAAGCAGUGGAUGUCUUAAAACAGGUUAAGGAUAAAAAAUUCGAAGCAAAACUCGAAUGGGGUGCGUCUCUGACUGAAGAACACGAAAGCUAUUUAGCUGAUGAGAUCUAUAAAAAGCCUGUGAUUGUCUACAAUUACCCAAAAGAAGUUAAGCCAUUCUAUGUGCGCCUGAAUGAAGAUGGGAAAACAGUUGCAGCAUUUGAUGUGAUUGCACCAAAGGCUGGAACCCUAAUCAGAGGUAGCCAAAAUGAGGAACGCUUCAAUGUGCUGAGCACAAGGAUCCAGAAGUUGAGAUUGCCUAAAGAACAGUAUGAAUGGUACUUAGAUCUUCGCAGGAACGGAACUGUCAAACACUCUGGUUUCAGUUUUGUACUUGAUGUUAUGGUUCUCUAUGCGACUGGUCUCACCGAUGUCAGAGAUGUUAUUCCUUUCCCCAGAAGUUGCAGCAAAGUGAACAAUUAAUCAAGUUUUCGGCAAAGAUUUCGCUUCAUGGUGAAAGAGAGCUGUGUCAAACUCCCUGUCUAGAGGAUGAAAAUACCAGUCUAUAACAUAUUUUAGUUGCAUACACAAGAAGCUUAUUUUGUGCCUUGAGAUGAUGUUUGUGGCACUGAAUGCAAAACUGACAUAUACUUUGUAUACACAACAUUCAACAAGUUCAAAUUAGAAUGAAAAUUUUUAGGAAAUUUGUGCAUCAUUUGAUAUGUAAAACUUAAGUUCUAUUAAGCAUAACCAUGACUGACUCGACUCUGUGAGCUCAA